CACUGAGAGAUGAUGAAAGCAUCACAAUCCUUUAAUAGCACAAGACUUUGAGAACUGCCCGCGUCUACAAUCCUGCGCAUUAGAACUUCCUGUUUAAAGGCGAGGCCAACGGAUUGCAUGCAGACCGAACAUUUUUUAAGGAGUUUCAGAAGCGCCUUUAUCUUUGAAAAGUUUCACAAGCAUGACCUCUCCACGACAGGAUUGUCAGGCCAAUGAAGUACUCCUCCCAUCCGAAAAUACUUGUCCGAGAAAUGAAUGUAUCUAGCUGUAUUCUAGUUAUAGAUACAUCGAUUUCUAUUCAUUUUUGUGACAAGUAAUUUCGGAUGAAGGGAGCAGUAUGAAAUCCUUCCGGUACAUGAAAUCCAGAUGCCAUCUGGCAUUGAUUCUACAAUAAACUAGGCCCUUGCUGAUAAGGCCAGGUCAGUGUAGUCGUCUCUUGGGCAAUCAAACAAGUAUUAUCCCUUGCAGUCAAACAAGCAGUAGGCUGAUGGCUACGUUGAUAGUUGACUUGAGAUGGACUGCUACGUAACUCUGCGUGUUUGCUCAAGUUGAAGGGAACCUCUCCCGCUUCUGUUCUGCUCAUCUUCCUGUGUGACACCCGCGUGCACACCAUCCUCACAAGUCCACACGUCUCCUCCAAACCAAUCACACAGACACCAAUGGAACUCGCCAAGCGCUCCAUGCUCACCUUGCUUGCCCUUCUCGCAUGGCUCGCCGCUGGUUCCGAAGCCGACGACCGCCUUGCGCUCAUGUCAUUCAUGUCAUACAUGACAGCCAACUCAUCGUCAGCUCUUGCACGGUCGUCGUGGGGCAACCGCUCCGUUCCGACGUGCGAGUGGCGCGGCGUGACGUGUGGCCUGAGUGGCCGACGCCGCGGCCGUGUGGUGGCACUGGACCUCCCCGGGCUCGGGCUCGGCGGCACUGUUCCGCCCGAACUGGGCAACCUCACCUACCUGAGGCGGCUCCAUCUCCCUGCCAACCACCUCCAUGGCGUCCUCCCGCUGGAGCUCGGCAACCUCCCUGACCUCAGGCACCUCAACCUCAGCUACAACUCCUUCCAGGGGAGGAUCCCGGCGUCGCUUUCAAACUGCAGCCGUCUUGAGUACCUUUUGCUGUACAGCAACAGGUUUCACGGCGAAAUACCACAGGAGCUCUGCUUGCUGAGUGGUCUCAAGGUACUCAGUCUUGGCCAGAACACUCUGACAGGAAACAUCCCGCUGGGCAUCGGGAGCCUUGUAAACCUGAAAACGCUCAAUCUGCAAUUCAACAACCUAUCUGGAGGGAUCCCGCAGGAGAUAGGUGGUCUUGUUAACCUUGUUGGACUAGGUCUGGGUUAUAACCUGCUGGGAGGCUCCAUUCCUGCUUCACUUGGAAACCUCUCCGCACUCCAGUAUAUGAGCAUCCCUUCAGCCAGACUAACAGGGAGCCUACCACCUCUGCAAAACCUUUCGUCUCUUCUAGUCCUUGAACUAGGGGUGAACAGCAUCAGAGGAAGCAUCCCUGCUUGGCUGGGAAAUCUCUCGUCGCUAGUGUUUCUUAGUCUUCAGCAAAAUGGUCUCGCAGGGCGCAUCCCAGAAUCAUUAGGUAGCCUUCAGGUGCUCAUGAGCCUUGAUUUUUCACAAAACAAUCUUUCAGGCCACAUACCACAUUCCCUUGGAAAUCUUGGUGCCCUGAUGACCCUUCGUCUAGACUAUAACAAACUGGAAGGUUCUUUUCCUCCUUCGCUGCUCAACCUUUCCACCCUUGAAGAUAUAGGUCUACAAAGCAAUCGUCUUAGUGGGUCUUUUCCACUUGACAUAGGCAAUAAGCUUCCAAACAUACAAAGUUUUGUUGUGGAUAUCAACCAAUUUCAUGGACCAAUUCCACCAUCCAUGUGCAAUGCCUCUAGGCUUCAAAUUCUUCAAGCAGUGUAUAACUCUUUGUCACGUCGAAUUCCCAAUUGUCUUGGAGCUCGACAAAACAGAUUGUCGGUCGUGGCCCUUUCAAAAAAUAAGCUCGAAGCAACAAAUGAUGCUGAUUGGGGCUUUUUGACCAGCUUGACAAACUGCAGCAGUUUGAAGUCCUUAGAUUUGGGCUACAACAAUCUUCAAGGUGAGUUGCCUAGUGCAGUCGGAAACCUUUCCUCAGGUUUGAGUUUUCUUAUCAUAGCAAACAACAAUAUAGUUGGAAAAAUACCUGAAGGAAUAGGGAACUUGGUCAACUUGAAGUUACUUUACAUGGACUACAACCAUUUGGAGGGAACUAUUCAGGCUUCUCUUGGCAAAAUCAAGGCACUGAAUCGAUUAUCUCUACCAUAUAACAACCUGUCAGGAUCCAUCCCACCAACUCUAGGCAAUCUUACAGCACUAAGUCUAUUAUUGCUCCAAGGAAAUGCACUCAGUGGAACCAUUCCCUCCAGUCUUAGCAGUUGCCCGAUAGAACAACUGGAUCUUUCAUAUAACAUUCUUACUGGCCCAAUAUCUAGACAACUCUUUCUCAUCUCUGCAUUAUCCAAUUUCAUGCUUUUGGGGCAUAACUUAUUAUCUGGUACUCUGCCAUCUGAAAUAGGAAACCUAAAAAACCUUGGAGUGCUUGAUUUCGCUUCAAACAACAUUUCUGGAGAGAUACCUGCCUCCAUUGGUGAGUGUCAGAGCUUGCAGCAUCUCAAUAUAUCUGGCAACUCACUUCAAGGGAAAAUUCCAUCGUCGAUGGAGCAACUAAAAGGUCUCUUGGUGCUUGACCUUUCCAGCAAUAAUUUGUCCGGUAGCAUCCCUCAGUUUCUUGGAAAUUUGAAAGGCAUUUCUGCUCUGAAUCUAUCAUUAAACAAUUUUGAAGGUGAAGUCCCAAAACAUGGGGUAUUCCUCAAUGCGACAGCAAUCUCGAUCACCGGGAAUGAAGGCCUGUGUGGUGGUAUCCCUCAAUUGAAAUUGCCACCCUGUUCCAACCACACCACCAAGAAAGCAUCCAGGAAACUUGUCGUGAUAAUCUCCAUAUGCAGUGCAACUUUAUUUAUCACAUUAGUAUCUACACUGUUCAUAUUUUACCAUAGGAGCAGGAGGAUGAAAUCAAGCAUACAAAUAUCACUCAUCAGUGAGCAAUAUACGAGGGUUUCUUAUGCUGAAUUAUUCAAUGCAACAAAUGGUUUUGCUUCCGACAACCUCAUUGGGGUGGGAAGCUUUGGCUCGGUCUACAAGGGAAGCAUGCGAAGCAAUGACCAACAAGUAGUUGUUGCUGUGAAGGUGGUCAACCUCAAGCGACGCGGUGCUUCUCAAAGCUUCAUUGCGGAAUGUGAGACACUAAGAUGCGCUCGACAUCGGAACCUUGUGAAGAUACUGACAGUAUGCUCUAGUAUUGAUUUUGAGGGUCAUGAUUUCAAGGCCCUUGUAUAUGAAUACCUAUCAAAUGGUAACUUAGACGAAUGGCUACACCAGCAGAUCAUGGGGGAUGGUGAACACAAGGCAAUAGAUCACAUUGUGAGGCUAGGCAUUGCAAUUGAUGUGGCAUUCUCACUUGAAUAUCUUCACCAACAUAAGCCAUUGCCGAUUAUUCACUGUGAUCUUAAGCCAAGCAAUGUUCUCCUCGACAGUGACAUGGUUGCUCAUGUUGGUGAUUUCGGGCUUGCAAGAUUUGUGCAUCAAGAAUUGGAGAAUUCAUCAAGUGGCUGGGCAUCAAUGAGAGGAACAAUUGGUUAUGCUGCUCCAGAGUAUGGACUUGGCAAUCAAGUCACAACCCAAGGUGAUGUCUAUAGCUAUGGCAUAUUGCUGUUAGAAAUGUUGACUGGAAAAAGACCAACAGACAGUGAUUUUGGGGAUGUUUUUGGCCUUCGCAAGUAUGUUCAGAUGGCACUGCCAGACAAGGUGGCCGAUGUCAUCGACCAAUGGUUAUUACCAGAGAUGGAAAAUGAUGAACGAGACAAGUCCAACUCUAACAAGAGCAGAGAUCUGAGAAUAGCUUGCAUCACUUCGAUUCUGCGUACUGGAAUUUCCUGUUCAGAGGAGACACCAACAGAUCGCCCGCAAAUUGGAGAUGCUCUGAAAGAGUUGCUAGCAAUAAGAGACAAAUUUCACAAGAAUCACUCCAGUAAAGGAGAACCAUCGAGCAACUGAAGCGUGUGGAGAUCAACAAGUUGUUGCAAGCUGCCAUCUCCUAUCCAUCCCAGCAUUUACAGAAGGCUCAAUAAAAGAUUGUAAUAAUUGGCCGGCGUUGUCAAAUGUUCCCAUUUUCCGAAUGUGCUAAUUAACACAGCAGUUUCCAGGCUCCCUUAUUUAGACCCCAAAAGGCUUAUAUAUAGUCACAGCCACCGUUGUCAUCGAGUUCCAAAAAUGUGUAUGCUUUGUGUUAAGUGUGUGGGUAUGGCAUUAGAAUAAAGUGGAACUACUUCUGUUA